GAUAAAUCGGAAAUCAAGUUACGCCACCUAUUGAUUUAUUUGCUGCUAGUGUGCAAGAAUGAAAAUCCUCCUAGCCCUACACAGACACUGUUAUAAAGAUAUAAUUCUACCAACACUGACAAGAAGUAUUUUGAAUAGAAAUCAGAAUACCAGGUUAUCAUACACACCUGGAUGCUUGUAUUCCACUGUAGGGAAUAAUAAUAAGAAAAAAUAUAUUCCACGUAGAUCUGUACUGUAUGUCCCUGGCAAUGAUGAGAGGAAAAUCAACAAAGUUGUCUCCCUUGAUGUUGAUUGUGUUGUUUUAGACUGUGAAGAUGGAGUAGCAGCCAACAGGAAGUCUGAAGCAAGGAGUACUAUUGCCAAUUGUCUGGGAUCAUUGGCAGGAUGUAAGACAGACAUUACUGUUAGGGUAAAUCCAGUUAGUAGUGGAUUGAUGGAGGAAGAUUUGAAAGUUGUGUUUAAAUCUGAACAUCCACCAAAAACCUUGAUGUUACCAAAGGUUGACACACCUGAGGAAAUAGAUAGAUUUACCAAAAGAAUUAAGGAGAUACUGUCAGAGAAACAGAAGGCAGAGAAGUUUAGUUUGAUAACGAUGGUAGAAAGUGCUGUCGGUCUAAUGAACCUUAAGGAUGUGAUUCUCCAGGCUUCAUCACUAGCCAGAUCUGAGAAGCUGUAUACCUUAGAAGGUGUUGUGUUUGGAUCUGAUGAUUUCUGUGCUGAUAUUGGUGCUACAAGAACUAAUGAUGCAAAAGAACUAUUAUACGCUCGUCAGAAGAUAAUCACAUGUGCUAAGACAUACAGACUACAGGCCAUUGAUCUUGUCUACAUAGAUUACAAAGAUUUAGCUGGGUUCCAACAGCAAGCAGAAGAGGGAGCAAGGAUGGGAUUUACAGGGAAGCAGGUGAUUCAUCCAGAUCAGAUUCCCGUCGUCAAUGCUGCUUUCUCUCCUUCAAAGGAAAGAGUACAGUGGGCCACAGAAAUGAUCCAAGCUUUUGAUGAACAUCAAAAAUCUGGACAGGGAGCCUUUGUUUUUGAUGGAAAGAUGAUUGAUAUGCCGCUAGUUUUACAGGCGAGAAAUAUUGUCAGCAUGGCUCAAGCAGUAUCAAUCACAUGAGUACAGGUUAUGUGAUACCAAUCACAUAAAGUACAUAUCAUGUGAUAUCAAUCACAUUUGAAGAAAAGACAGAUUUUAUUCAUAUCACAAAUUUCAAACUGCUAAACAGAAUACUAUUUACCAUCCAUACUUAUGACACCUGUCAGUUUGUUAACUCGGUGAAUGUUUUCUAUCCAGUAUUACUCUAGGGUAGACUUGUCACUAUGUUUUUGCCAUUUGACAUUAAGAGCAUGUUGGCAUUUUACAAGUAUAAAAAACUUUUUAUUUUUGAAAAAGGAAUCAAUACAUAAAAAAGAAAGGUUUCAAGAGAACCUCACACAUCUUAAGAUAUACCUUCAAUUUGAAAUGAUAUGCAACAAAUUGAAAUGAAUAAUUCUUUAUAUAAUAUUUUAGAAAUCCUUGUUGAAUCAAGAAAUUUUUGUUGCAUUUUAAAGCUGGGGGAUGUAAAAUCAUCAAUAUUAUGAAUGUCUUAGCAUAGAAACAAACUAAUAAUUACUGUUAUAGUGCUCAUUAUAAAAUUAGGAAUCUCACUGAAGCUCUCAGAUAUGAAUCAGUUCCCACAAUUUCCAUAGUACCUUUAUAUAAAUCCACAUUUUUCUAAAUGCAUAAUUUGUACAUUGUAGACAUCUUUAGAUGGAAUGGGCUGUUCUUAAAAGUCCUUUUUAAAGUGUUUUUUUUUUUUAUUUUACUGUAAAUUUACUGGUUUAGAGUUGUUGCCCUAGAUUUUCCCAAAAUAAUAUUGUAAAAUUGGGUUUCCAGGUGAUCAAGACAGUUUAGGGAAUCUGUGGAUUUUGACAGUUUUCUUUUAGUAAUUCUUUGAUUAUAAAGACUGUAGGAAAUGCUGAAUAUAAUAUAAACAUUCAAAAUAAAAUUUAUUGUUUAAACUUUCAGGCAAUUUCUAAAUAUAACUUUGUAUCUACUUGCAGUGUGUAGAUAUCAUUCAUUUGAUACUGGUUCUAAAGUUUGCAAGUUUAUUAGGGCUAAUCCAUUAAAAUGUAUGUGGGAGGGUAGGAAGGGAAGUUUAAUUAUUGAAUGUGGGUCAUGGGUCUUUUUUCAGUAUGCGUCUAUUACCAUUAUGCAAAAUUAUCUAAAAAAUGGUUCUUGGUUGUAGGGAUAUUUUGAAAGUCCCUUCCUACCCUCUAACAUACGUUUUAAUGGAAUAGCCCUUACCGAGUAAAAAUGGAUUGAUUAUCUUUAAUCAAGAGAUCAAUUUCUAUUUGAUAUAACAAGAUGGUUGUUAAAUUGUGUAUUUGUUUUGAAUGGUUGGGAUGCUUUCUCAUUGGUUCAUACCCUCAAGCCCCUUUUCCCAUAUUUAUGUACAAGAGUCUACACAAAACAAUCAACUAGCUAAUUUAAAUAUAUAUCUGAUUCUCCAACAAAAAUUCAGAGCAAACGAACAAAAUUAACAAACGAUGCAAAGAUAUUAAGACUUAUAUAUAAAUAUUAUUUAUUAUCUGUGUAAUGGUAAAUACCAAAUAGUGAGAUAAUUAUUUAUUUACCGUGUAAAUUAAAACCUUUUCAUACUGCAACUGCUCUAUUUGCACUGUCAAAAUGUAUUGUCCUUAUAACUGUUGGCUUUAUGUAUAUGUACAUUCUACCGUGUUCCUAAUAUAAAAAUAAGAAGAUGUGGUAUAAUUGCCAAUGAGACAACUCUCCACCAGAGACCAAAUGACAUAGAAAUUAACAACUGUAGGUCACCGUAUAAGCCUUGUACAAGAUUUUAUAUUUUGAGACAAUAUAUUGUUAUAAGUAGUGCUUCAAAAUAGUUUUCAUAAAAUUGUUAAUUGUUGAGUUUGGGUAGUUUCAGUUUGUUUUGUAACAUGUAUAUCUAUUUAUGUAUAUAUGCUUAUUAGAUGCUUAUUAGAUGUAUAUCCUUGCUAUAAUAGUCAUGUUUUCUGCAGGUUCACUUCGAUCACUCCAUUAAUUUGAAUUUUCCAAAUUUCAUGGCAUUUUAUUGUACUACUACCUGGAUUGGGUAAAUUUGAUCAAAAGGGUAAAAUGUUGAAGGAAAAACAAAUUUUAAUGUAAUUUUUUUAGUAUUUUACUGAGAAAUUAAAAUGUACUCAGUUAUUUGUAAUGGGGGAAAAUAAUUUAGACAUCAAUGAACAUGAUAAAUAGCUUCUUUUUUUAACAAGACAUCAAUGAAUAGCCAGUAUUUAUAUCUCAGUCAUCAAAAUUUCCUUCAACAUGUUUAAUGUAUUAAAUGAACAGUGGACAUAAUCAAGAAAUGCAUCAGAAGAAAAAGGUUGAUUAUUUCAUACUGACAGAAAAUACAGAAGCAUGAGUAGGAAAAUCUCAUGUACAAAAAAUGUAUGGAACUUAUAAUUUGGUACGCUAGAAAUGCUACAUAAUACUCAUCAGUGGCACAUGAAUCAAAACAGUAAGAAAGUCAAAUCAAAUACAAAGUUGAAAGUUGAAGAACAUAAAAAACAGGGUUUAGUUUAAUCCAUUAGAUUUUUUUGUUAAAUUGAGAUACCGUUUUCCAAAAAGCUUUUCAUGAAUGAUAGAACUUACAAUCUUGCCCGUGAUCAUCAUUUAAAUGUGUGCAAUUUUGGAAGACGUCUAGGAUUUUAACAUUUUGGGCCAUAUGAAUCCUAAACCCUUUGUAACAUCACGAAAAAAUGCAAACCUAUUGAGGUUGUGCAUCUUCCAUAAUGGAGUCGUUGAAAGCAUUUUUUCUAUAUAUGUUGUGAUUUAAGAUAUAUAUGACCUGUAGAAGGGAACUUCACCAGUAUGAUAUUUACUAUUUAAACAGUCUGUAACCAUAAAUAUAAGGGCUACUGUCUUUGAGUGAGAAAUAAGAAAUAAAAAGGUAAAAGAUGAAUCAGAAUGCUUGAGGAAAAGUAUCCCAAUUUGUAAUGGUCAUUUAUAAAGCUCUGCUAGUUACAUAUUAUUAGAUUUUUAUAUUUCAAACAUCUGAUCUAUGAAUAUGUUAAUAAAAAUGUAUAUGUUUGUUUA